GGCCAUCCCCUUCGCUGUGAGUAACUUCAUUCAGGACAAAGUAAUCUUGAGAAGAAAAGGUUGCGUCCCAUUUGCAGAAAUAACUCUGUAAAUACAACCCAGCGUUAUGAAUAAUUAACGAGAUACAAAGGAACAGGCUACGUGAAAGGCUGCAAGUUUAUUAAAUACAACGAAAGGUGUACAUAUUCUAACCGGUAUGAAACAAAACAACGAUGGCAGCACACAGCCACCCCGGUAUCACCGCGGUAGUUCUCUUUGCUGCCCUCCUGCACUGUCUCCUCGUUGCUCCGCCCAUCCACGGCCGAACCAUGUGCGAUGACCGGGCCACGUCGGCGGCCAUGGAGCUCUACGGCACGCCGGACCUGACCAUGUCCAUCACCCUGGACGACGGGGAGGACGCGGCCAACGAGACGGUGGCGCACUGCGCCCGCCGAUGCCGGCGGAGUGCCGAGUGCCAGUCGUUUACGUGGACCAACGAAACUUGCUCGCUCCAUCCGUACGACAGCAGCACAGGGCCGGAGUUUAAGCACGAGGCAACGGGUGUGUUGUACUACGAAAGCUUGGACAAAAACACCGACAGAGUUGAGUACUUCGGCGGUUGCUUGACAAACUACAAGAACAGAUGCCAAAAUGGCGGCUCAUGUAAAUCCGACUGCUCCCAGCAAGGCUUCUACUGCGCAUGCUCCGAGAACUUCCGUGGGGACUUCUGUCAAUUUGCUCGGGAAGAUGAGCCUGUCCUUGUCCAAACCAUACAGAGCGCCCCAUCGUUAGGAUGCUCCGGCUUCAGUUUCAACAACGAACAUUUUCUGAUCAUCGGUGGAAACCAGAGUGAUAUCAACGGAUCCAAUAUAGAGACGACCUCCCGCGUGUACAAGUACAACGAGACCACGGGCCAGUACGAGCACGACCACGAGCUGGACGGGGUGAGUCAGGCCUGGCGAAUCACGCCCAUGACGGUCGGGGAGCAGCAGCUCGUCUUCGCUGCUAACUACAAGGUGUUCGGCGAGUCCACCUGGACGGCGAACUCGGUGGUGUAUGCGUAUGCCAACGGUACGCUUCAAACUCACCAAACGAUAACUACGUACGGGGCUCGAGGUGGCGCCUACUUGUCGGCAACUACGGGGCAGCGCUACAUGUUCAUCUCGAAUUUUAAAGGCAGCUCCUACAACGUGGACUCCCCCAUCUACAAGUGGUACAGUCAGUACAGCAAGUUCUACUUCGUGCAGAGCGUGGCGACGCAGGGGGCCGGGAAGGCCGUUCUAUUCGACAUUGCAGGGAAGGUCUACUUGGUGGUGCCGUUUCUCCGCGGGGACAGCUCGGGAUUCAAUGUCCAGCCUGAGCUGUGGAAGCGAUCGGAAUCGAGUUUUAUUUACAUGGGCUGCUUCCUGGAUGACGGCUCUGCCCGAGCAAUGGAAUACCACCUCUCCUCGGACAGCAUGGACGUGGAGACAUGCGUGACCCACUGCCGGCGUCGCGGGUACCCGUACGCCGGCCUGCAGUACCAGAGCCAGUGUUUCUGCGGCGACGAGGGCUACGAUGUCCACGGGUUGCGCAGUGAUGGGGAGUGCAGCAUGACGUGCGCGGGCAACGGCGGGCAGUACUGCGGUGCUUCACACCGGAACUCCGUUUACCUUACCGAACCGUCCUGGUCUAUGAUCCAGACGUUACCAGACGCCACGGCAACGAUAGCCGCUGCGCACUUCCACCACCAAGGCGCCGACUACUUGGUUCUGGCCGAGUUCUCGGACGGCUCGAGCUGCGACGAUAAGGGCCUAGUGGUUUACAUGUGGAACGGUCAAACGGAGGAGUUUGAGACGCACCAGACGAUCGACGACCUACAGUGCGUGUACGAAGUGGAAGCGUUCAAGGCAAACGGUCGCGUCUUCCUGAUCACCGGAGCCAUCAAGUCCCAGUAUUCCGUCUCUGACGAUAGCGAUUACUCCGUGCGGAACAUCAUCUACGUCCUGGAGGGCAGCGUGUUCGUGCCGUAUUGGUCCCUGGACGGCUGCAGCACCUACAACUGGAGCGUCUUCCAGCGGAACGGAGAGACUUUCUUGGCCGAGACAAACUACCGCAGCCCUGGAGAUAGUACGCUUAGUCAAGCCGUGCUCAAUAUUUACCAGUGGUAUUGACAAUAUAGCCGUCUUUGAUUGUACAGUAUUAGUUAUUGUGUACGAAUCGAUACUCUUUAUGUAUAAGAUCAUACUUGGGUCAAGCGUACCAUCGCUCUGGCUAAAUGUAUAAUGGACCAUUUUGUUAUUAAUUUGUGUGCAUUGUUUUUGUUUAAAGAAACAAGAGACGGAUUAUUAACAACUAACUCCAUGAAAUGUUUAACCUUGUGCAUGCUAUGUUUUUCGAGAAUUCUGGUAUUUCUGGAUCAAGAUUUCGGCUUAAAGAGUGCCAUGUCAUAAUGAUUGCGUCCUAUGACACAAUCCCGAAAUCAUCAUUCGGGCAAUGAUUCUCAUUCAGCUGAUUGUAGCUUUUUGAUACCACUCACUAAACCGACGAAUAAGACCAGCCGAAUAAGACCGUGCGCGUCGUGCUAACGCUUGCACCCAUUCACGGAUUUGCCCAACUACAAACAAACCACAAACGGAAUUUUUUUUUUCAAAAAAUGUGUCACUUGACUCAUGUAUGGAAAUGAACUUCUUUUAUUUUUUCUUCCAAAUAACAGCAUGCCGCGCCAGAACGAUUAAUUUCACAGGUAGCUCGGGUGAAGGCUAAUGUCAACUCUGGUCAAACCACGAGCCACUCUGGUCUAGUCAGUCUGGUUAGGUAUGAAGAUGCCUUUGCCAAAUGAUGAUCGUUGUAGUCAAAUGCAAAUUUAUCUUCUUCCGGACGGUUGUACAGAUUUAUUACCACAAUUUGUUUUGUAUCAUAACGGAUUGAUUUUUACACUUAAGGUAUCAUGAAGCUUAAUUUAUAUUAGUUGUUUAAUAAGAACAGAUAUAAUGUACGUUUAUUCCCUUUUAAAACUAUCUCCCUUUUUCUGAAUUGAUGUGCAUUUGUUUAGUCAGGAAUAACAUGAUAGAAGUGACUUUCAGUGUUAGAUUGAUGGGUGAUUGCAGGAUUUGGGAAAACAGUGAUGUUUUUCUUAAAAGACGAAGCAUCGAAAUCUGCCAAACUAUUUGCCAGGAGAUUGUUUCAUUAUAUUCACAUUUUGUUCAGAUUUUUUCUUUUAUAUUCUUUUUUUUUCAGAUUGUUUUCUCCUUUUCUCAUAUCCCAUAAUUACAUGUACACGAUGUUUCUGGCCUGGAACUUUAUUUCUAAGGCUUUAAUUUUAACCAGACUUGGCAAACGGGAAGACCUUAAUCUAAAAAAUGGUCUGCAAAGCUUGACGUCAUGAUGACGUAGCUGUCAUGGUCACAAUCAUGACGUCAUUUUGAAUGUGCAUCUUGUCGAAAAAGUUAAUAAGUCAUGGUAGAUACAUUGCUAUAUCUCUUUUAUUAUUUACGUCAUGAAGGUGAAUUGCACGUGAAAUAUACAACUACAAUACAAACUGCUAAAUUAUCUUUGGUAUGUACAUUAUUUCCGAUGCGGCUACUUGAUGAAAUAUGACUGAAUAAAACAUUGGGAAAACA